GCCUUCCCUUCCUCCAGGUGCCUGAAAUGUGCACCACCCUCACUCCACCCCUUCAGGCUGCUCUAAGCUCUCUGCCCAAGGCCUCCUCGCCUUCCUCCGGCAGCGCCUGCACUAGGCUCAGGGGCUGAGAACCGUGUGAGUGGAGUAGAGGAGCACUUACAGGCUCUGGCUUGAAGACCAGGAGUGUUCACUUAUUGAGGUUUGCUAGCAGCAGUUCUAUGGCUUCUGCAGCAGAGCAGCAAUGGCAAUUUGGUGGACUACUGCACUGGUCCUGCGUAUAGUUCUUUCCCCACACUCACAAGCAGUCUCAUGAUGGAUGAUAACAGGAGGAUUCAAAUGCUGGCAGACACAGUGGCUACUUUGCCUCGGGGGCGAAAACAGCCUGCUUUGAGUAGAUCAAGUUCUUUGGGUGACUUUUCCUGGUCUCAAAGAAAACUUGUAACUGUGGAAAAGCCGGACAAUGGAACAUUUGGAUUUGAAAUUCAGACAUACAGGCUCCAGAACCAGAACUCUUGCUCCUUGGAAAUGUGCACUUUGAUCUGCAAAAUACAGGAGGACAGUCCAGCUCACUAUGCUGGCCUGCAAGCCGGUGAUGUCCUUGCAAAUAUCAAUGGAGUGAGCACAGAAGGCUUUUCCCACAAGCAAAUGGUUGACCUGAUCAGAGCAUCCGGAAACCUGCUAAGGAUAGAGACUCUUAAUGGAACAAUGAUUCUCAGGAGAGCAGAGCUCGAGGCAAAGAUGCAGGAUUUAAAGCAAACCUUGAAGAAGAAAUGGGUGGAGUUCAAGUCUCUGCAGUUACAGGAACAGCGUCUGCUUCAUGGUGAUGCUGCUAACUGUCUGAGUUUGGAAAACAUGGACAUGGAUGACUUGGCAGCUUUUGGAACCCUGCCUGGGCCAAGCCCAGCCUCUGUGGAAUGGAACCGGUUAUCCAGUGAGAGCAGCUGCAGGAGCUGGCUGAGCUCCAUGACGGUGGACAGUGAAGACGGCUACCAGACCUGUAUGUCUGAGGACUCGAGCAGGGGCGUCUUCAGCCGGCAGACCAGCACUGAUGACGAGUGCUUUGUCUCUAAGGAGGGGGACGAUUGCAUAAGGAGAUCUUCAAGGAGGAACCGGAGCAUCAGCACGACCAGCAGCGGAUCCAUGUCCCCACUAUGGGAGAACAAUUACUCAAGCAUGUUUGGGACUCUGCCCCGGAAGAGCAGAAAGGGAAGUGUCCGGAAACAACUCUUAAAGUUCAUCCCUGGCCUUCACCGUGCUGUGGAAGAAGAAGAGAGUCGCUUUUGAUGGCUGGUGAUGCCUUUCCAAGUUAGCUUAUUUCACAAAUGUCUCUAGACUCCCUAGAGCAAUUCCACCCAACUUGGUGGGAAAAUGCAGAUAAGUUGUGAAACUGACAGCCCAUUUCACAAGGAAAAGUGACCUUUAUUUAAAAUUUUACAUCAUUGCUUCUGCUUCUUAAAUCAUUUUCAACCACAGCAGCUCAAAUUCUAAGCAGACAUUAGGGAAGGUAAAUAAUAAGUUAAAUAACAUAACCAAAACACGUGCCUGUUCAUUUUAAGGCUGCCUGUGAAAUUAGGAAUGCUUAUUUUCUAUAUUAUCCAUAUGAAAAAUGGAGAACCUCUCAGAAUCAGAUGUCAAUAGGGAGUGACAAUAUAAUUAUCUGGUCUACUUUCUACAGGUUAAUUUGGUACAUUACAAACUUUGCCUUAGCUCAGCGUCAUUUAGGAAGCUUAAUGGUAGGUAAUUUUGAGUGUUUCUGUUCAAGUCUUUAAAAAGUUAUAAACAAAGAGGACCAUCUAUCUUUUUCUCAAAUAUGUAGUGAAAAUAAAUCAAAAAAGUGUAAGUAAUUAAGUUUCAUGAGAACUAUAAAAAGAUAGGAUCUGAAAAAAUUCUGAGGAGGAUUGAUAAUAAGAUCUUUCUUACAGACAGCCUAAAAUGGGUGAAAUCUCAUUCUUUUUAACUUAAUUCAAUUAUUGUUUUGACUGAACAUUAAUGGCAAAGCAAGAACACUCAAGACCCUAUGGCUUUGUGAUUAUGGAGCUCUAAAAAUCCAAAAAGUCAGGGAUGGGAGAAGGAUUUUUGUCCUGUAGAUUUUUUUUUUACAAUUCCUCACUGUAUAUUCCAGAUAAUUAUUACCUUAACACCCAUUUAUGUAUUACUUAUAAUUGUAUUAUAGUACUUCCAGCUUUUCGGUCAUGCUAUAUAUUCUUCACUAUCCAUUAAAGCCCAUAUUUUCUUUGUU